UGACAUCAAUGAUUUAUGUAAGCCUUUUGGUAACAAUUUUCAGAGCUUUUAGGCGAGCUAUCAAAAUAUUGGACUGUAUCGCUCAUCCUUCACUUCCCGCUCCUGCACGACCUGUGCCGACACAAGCACAACUCCUGCCACCGACAAUACAACAGGAUGUUACGAAACGCUUCCAAAGGCGCUGUGCGAAAAGCAGUGACCGAGCUUGCCCAAUAUCCCAAGCCUGGGGAGAAGCUCCAUGGCUUUACCCUUCUCCGUUCGAAGCAUGUCCCCGAACUGGAAUUAACAGCUCUACAUCUGCAGCACGACAAGACUGGAGCAGACUACCUACACGUUGCACGGGACGACAAGAAUAAUGUGUUCUCCAUCGGCUUCAAGACGAAUCCUCCGGACGAUACAGGAAUCCCCCAUAUCCUCGAGCAUACAACACUAUGUGGGAGUGAAAAAUAUCCCAUACGUGAUCCAUUCUUCAAGAUGUUACCGCGAACACUCUCGAAUUUCAUGAAUGCGUUUACUGCUUCCGACCAUACUUUCUAUCCCUUCGCCACGACCAACGAGCAAGACUUCAAGAACCUUAUGUCAGUGUACCUCGAUGCGACAUUACAUCCGCUGUUGAAGCAGAGCGAUUUCACUCAAGAGGGGUGGAGGAUAGGCCCCGAGAACCCACAAGCUAUUUCCAGCGGGUCUGCGAAGCCAGAGGACAAUAAUUUGGUAUUCAAGGGCGUGGUCUACAAUGAGAUGAAAGGGCAAAUGUCUGAUGCUGGCUAUCUCUUCUACAUCAGAUUUCAAGAUGCCAUUUUCCCAGCCAUCAACAACUCGGGUGGAGAUCCUCAGAAGAUGACAGACUUGACCUACGACCAAUUGAAGAAGUUCCAUGCCGAACACUACCACCCAAGCAACGCGAAGGUCUUCACUUAUGGAGAUAUGCCUCUUGCAGACCACCUACACGAAGUCAACGCCCAGUUGAGUGCGUUCGAGCGCAUCCAAGGAGAUAUGGAAAUUCGAAAACCUAUCGAUUUGAGUAAUGGACCACUGAGUGUUACUGUGCCUGGCCCUAUUGAUCCUUUGGUGGACAAGGAUAUGCAAUAUAAGACAUCUACGUCCUGGUUGAUGGGAGACGCUACGAACAUUCUAGAGACAUUUUCUCUUGGGAUUAUGUCAGCUCUGCUCAUGGACGGAUACGGAUCGCCACUGUACAAAAACCUGAUCGAGGCGGGUCUUGGUACGGACUGGAGUCCUAAUAGUGGCUUUGAUGGUUCAGGAAGAGUGGGGAUAUUCUCCAUUGGUCUGACUGGUGUAAAAGAAGCCGAUGUAGAAAAGGUUAAGAGCGCCAUCCAUAAGACCUUCGAGGAAGUCCGCUCUACUGGUUUUGAGAAGUCUAAGGUUGAUGGAUACCUUCAUCAGCUGGAGAUUUCGUUAAAACACAAGACAGCCAAGUUCGGGAUGGGCCUUUUGCAAAGAUUGAAGCCUUCAUGGUUUCAAGGAGUUGAUCCUUUUGACUCUCUUGCCUGGAAUGAUACUGUUUCGGCAUUUGAGGCGGAGUUUGCAAAGGGAGGCUACCUCGAAGGCCUGUUGGGAAAAUAUCUGCUGAAUGACCGUACCCUUACAUUUACAAUGACACCGUCUGCUAUUUAUGGAGAUGAGCUUGUCAAAGAAGAGGCGACUCGUUUGGCGAACAAAAUCGAAGAAGUGGUAGAGACUGCAGGUGGACAACCAGAAGCUCGAGCUCUAUUAGAGAAGCAGGAGUUGGUACUUCUCCAAGAACAAGGCAAGACCAUGACCGAGGAUCUGAGCUGUCUACCAAGCGUUUAUGUCAAAGAUAUCCCACGACAAAAAGAAAUCAUUGACGUUCGUGAGGGCAAAGUCGAUAACGUUGACGUGCAGUGGCGUGAAGCUCCGACCAAUGGUCUGACAUACUUCCGAGCCAUCAAUUUGUUCAAGGAUCUGCCAGAGGAAUUGAGAGCUCUGACCCCACUCUUUACCGACGCCAUAAUGCGACUUGGGACGAAAGAUAUGACGAUGGAACAACUUGAAGACCUUAUAAAGCUCAAGACUGGAGGAAUAUCUGUUUCGUAUUAUGGCUCUUCAUCACCAACAGACUUUAGAUCAUCAACUGAAGGGCUGAGCUUUGCGGGAACAGUACUGGACCGAAAUGUUCCCGAAAUGUUCAGUCUGCUCCGCAAACUUGUUCUAGAAACAAAUUUCGACAGUCCAGAAGCGCAAUCCCAAAUUCGACAGCUGUUGCAAGGAGCUGCAGAUGGUGCUGUGAACAACAUCGCAUCAUCUGGCCAUUCCUAUGCAAGAAGCUAUGCUCACGCAGGUCUGACAAGUUACUUCAGAGCGAAGGAGCAAGUUGGAGGUCUUUCACAGGUCAAGUUAGUGACAUCUCUUGCGUCUAGGCCAGAAGAGGACGGACUCGCAGAUGUUAUUGAAAAGCUCAAGACGAUUCAGAAGAUGGCUUUUGCUGGAACGAAUACAUUCCGGACAGCUGUCACCUGUGGAUCCGAAAGCGUCUCGACCAAUGAAGCAGCGCUGCAAAACUUCAUCUCAUCCCUACCCAGGAAUGACUCUGUGUCUCUCAAGAUGCCGACGCCCGACUUCUCCAGGAACACCAAGACCUUCUUUCCGUUACCUUACCAAGUAUAUUAUGGUGCUCUAGCCCUUCCUACAGUUUCAUAUACAUCACCAGCUGGUGCACCCCUGCAGAUCCUCUCUCAACUGUUGACGCAUAAGCACCUGCAUCAUGAGAUUCGAGAAAAAGGUGGUGCUUAUGGAGGCGGUGCGUACUCUGUUGGGCUUGAUGGUGUCUUUGGCCUCUACUCUUACCGAGAUCCCAAUCCCCAGAAUACAAUGUCCAUCAUGCGUAAUGCAGGCCAAUGGGCUGUCGAGAAACAAUGGACGGAUCGUGACCUUGAAGAAGCAAAGUUAUCUGUCUUCCAAGGUGUCGACGCCCCUCAAGCUGUAAGUUCCGAGGGCAUGCAUCGUUUUGCAUCUGGAAUCACCGAUGAAAUGUUGCAAAGAAGACGAGAGCAAUUGUUAGAUGUGACGAAACAUCAAGUCCGAGAGGUUGCGCAAAAAUAUAUUGUUGAUGCUCUAGCAAAGGACGAAGGUAGACUUGUCUUCCUUGGUGAGAAGAAGCCUUGGGUCGACGGUACAUGGGAAACAAGAGACAUGGGAAUCUCUUCACAAGAACCCGAGAUCUUGGAUGAAGAAGAUGUGAAGCAAGCUGCUUUGGGUUCAUGAGCGAUCUGUACAAAUCUGUACAUGUACUUUGACUGUACACUACUGUAUUCCACUCCUGCAUUUAGCGGCGUUUGUACAAAAGCUGGGAUGAAUGAGUCCAGGAAUCAGAAGACAUACUAUUACGAUAUAAUAUCAUGAUUUUAUUUUUGUACUUUCUACCGCAAGCGCGUUCUCAGACUAUCGGGUCACGAGUUGAGAUAUAU